GACGUCGCUCGCUAUUGGCUGCGCUGAGGGAGUAGCAGAGAGCGUUUACAGUACAGCCUUUGAAGAAGGCAGAGUGAAGUAUGACAGAUGAGGCUGCUCCGCACGCGAUGUUCACCGUUUGCAUAGAUGAGAACACACCUCGAUAUACAAGAGUUAUUUCAUCAUCAGAUGGGGAAGGAUAUUGCUGUGGACUGCUUUUAUUUCCAGCUGUGCUCAUUGAAUGAUUUGAAACCCUGCUUGGAUCUAUACUAAACCCAUGGCAGAGCCAGACAUGGAUUAAAGCACUGACGGCCCCAUCAACACCGAGUGGUUGACGGAGAAGUGCAUUGGCGAUACAAAUCGGCAAGAAUACCAUUAUUAAAGCAACCGAAGAGCCACGUUUUAAGGACGAUGGACACCUUGUCCCAGAACUCCAGACUUGAGUGCCAAAUCUGUUUCAACUACUUCAGCCAACGGCGCCGUCCCAAACUCCUGCACUGCCAGCAUACCUGCUGCUCCGUGUGUCUGAGCCAGAUGCGGCUCAGCCAGAGAGAGCUCCGCUGUCCUUGGUGUCGUUGUGUGACGCAGAUCCCCGGCGGACUUUCAGUCUCCCAUCUUCCAGACGACCCGGAAGUACUUUCCAUUAUCAGUCUGUCUCACUCCUCCGAACACACUCCCAUCUUUAUACACUUACCCAACAGUGGCUGCUAUUUGCUGCCCGUCCCUCUUGACACAGAUGAGGCGUUGCUUCCCGGACAACCAGUGUGCCGAUUUGGCCCAAAAAGCGUUGGGGUGUUAAAUGUCUCUGAUGGUGGGAGCCUCGUGCUGGGGGACGACACAGGUGAGGAGGGGAUGGAGGAGGAGGUGGCGGUUAAGACCACGGCUUGGACGGGGGUUUGCACUGUGCUACUGGUGGCAUUCAUUUUGAUUUUUCUGCUGGGGAUCGUGUUGCAUAACAUGUCCUGCGUGUCCAAACGCUUCACUAUUAUUUCCUGUGGAUGAGACGGAUUCAUCAAAUUCGCUUGUAAAGGACUGACCGUUAUGGUUUGGAAUCUCUUAUGUGAUUGUGAUUAAGUACAUCACAUAUCCAAGGUGACUAGUAUAUACGGUAGAUAAGCAGAAGGGAAUGAAAGAAGUCAAGGGCACAAUCUAUGCAAUUUGUGGUAUUUCAAAAGUCUGUGAAAGCCCUGAUUCGUUCAUUCAUAGGAAAUUUGUUCCAUUAAUGUGCAGAAAUGUCAUUAAAGUAUCUAGCAGUAUUGACUCCAUGUAUUUGCAUGUCUUGUAUGUAACUGAGGGAAAUUAACUUGGUCUUUAAUACUACAGUAGAGUUGUGUGUUAUUGACAGUCUGUAGGUUGUGCAGUUUGUGACUGAACGCUAAAAUGUAGAAAUGAAAUUACAUAUUGCUACAUAGCUGCACUGCCUUUAAAUAAUGUUUUUUUUUUUCCUUUGCUAUAUUUGAUUGCUGUAUGUUUUAAGGUGUUUCAACUAAGCAGUUUUUAUUAGUAACAAACUGUUUUUUUUUCUAAUGGGUUUUGACUUUGCUUAUGAUUAAAUGUGUGAAAACAUCA